UUCAACUGCUUACCUAUGAAGUGUCAUAGCAUAUAAGUCAAGUUUAAAAUUCAGAGGAUCUUCUUCGAAAUCAGAGAUUACUUCCCUUCUAAGUAAUCCUACUCUCUUUCUCUCCUACUUUAAAACGGUAGGAUUUUCAAUUUCCAUUCUCCACCUAGCCUCUUUCUAUAUGGGUCGGGUCUACCAAAUUCUCUGCUGAAAAGACAAUCCUCUCAUCCAAAGAUUCUUGAAGCCACUCCCAAAACUCCAUUUCUCUUCUUUUUGUCGCUCUAAAAACAGGAACUCUCAAGUGAGAGGGUAGAAAAAUGGGGCAGCAAAUGUCCAAAGACGAGCUGCUUUAUGAGCUAGUCAGACAUGGAAAUGUCGAAGGGAUUAAAGUCAUCCACCGCGAUGGUGGUGGUCUUGAGUGGCUUGAUAGAAAAGGAAAGACACCUCUGACUGUCGCAUGCACGAAGCCUGAUCUUUUCAAUGUUGCCAAAACGUUGAUCGAACUUGGAGCCGAUGUGAAUGCUUACCGUCGGCGAAGUCAUGCAGGAACUCCAUUGCAUCAUGCUGCAAAAAGAGGACUUGAGCAGACUGUUAAGUUACUUCUUUCUCAUGGAGCAAAUGCUUUAGUAAUGAACAAAGUUGAUCAGACUCCUCUUGAUGUAGCUAGAGCAAAGAGGCAUCUCAACAUCGUCCGUAUCAUUGAGAGUCACAUCUGCUUAUUCUCGGGUUGGCUGCGGGAGCUCAAUGGGCUGGGCUUUCUUGAAGCAUUUGUUCCUCAAUGUGUAUCACGAAAAGUUUGGGCAGUGGUUAUUCCCCGUAAUUCGCACAAUCCCACUAAACCUCAGAAAUUGGUGCUUGCUGUAUAUCCUUCUCCACAGGCUCAAAAAGAGGAGCAUGUGGGAAGGCGAAGCAGAGGAAGACGUAGAAGGAGAAGAAGAAUAGAGAAUCAGGCCGCCCAGCCUCAUACAGUUAUUCAGCUUUGGAAGGCUAACAUUGAGGAACCAGAUUUUAACCAGUCAGAUCCUUCACUGGUUAUCAUUGACAAGGCCACCAAAACAGGAUUUAAGUUCUUAUCUGCUAAUGAGGGUAACAAGCAGCAACUUGAGUGGUUCCAUAACGCCUGCAUAGGAAUGCAACAGCUCAACGUUCCCACUCCAGCAAUUCCAGAAGAUACAGAUUUUAAAAUGACCUUCAGUAGCUCUCAGUCAGCUACUGAGGAGAGUCUUCCAAGCUUUCCUUCAAAAACAAGCCACCCAAAUGGUUUGGGUAAGGCCAUGGACAAUGCUGCCCUAAUUAGUUUAGUCCCACUAGAUGAACUACCAACUUCAAAGAUUAGUGGCAAUGGCUGGUUGGAUGAACCACCUACUAGUAGUACCUAUAAUGGAUGGGGAGUGCCUGAAGUAGUUGGGCCAAGUGAAAAUCCAGAUCAACAUCACCAAAGCCAGCUAAGCACUCCACCUAUCACUGUAUCAAUUCAAAAUAAUCCUCCUCCAGCACUACCAAUUCCUAGGGAAAGAUCAGAUGAUGGUCCAAUCCUAUAUCCAACGGUCGAUUCAAGCCCUAUCGAUGUAUCGAUGCCAACUGUGGAGAUGAGGCCAGCACCAAGCAAACUAAAAGAAGAUGGUGAUGCUUCUGCAUCUUGCGUGAUUUGUCUAGAUGCCCCGAAAGAGGCAGCAUGUGUCCCCUGCGGUCACGUUGUUGGUUGCAUGUCUUGUCUGAAUGACAUCAAAGAAAAAGGAUGGGGGUGCCCACUUUGCCGUGCUAAGAUCGAUCAGGUUGUAAAGCUCUACCAUGCCUGAAUAAUGAAGCCAAUAAUGCUGAACUGAGUUUGUUCAAAACAUGUUUGAAUCUAAA